AGGGAGGGAGGGGGAGAGAGAGAUAGAAUGAGAGAGGGAGGGGGAGAGAGAGAGGCGGCUCCUAUCCGUCUUCCCAGGUGAAGGGAAAAAGUUUGAUAGGCGCAGAAAAAAAAAUUCCAGCUAUUUCGCCCAUUUUACUGCCAAUAAGCAGCUGUUUUUUUCUUUCCACAUUUCUGUCCUGUUUAGAUGCUGUUCGAUGGAUUUCUUGAAGAGCUAGAAAUUUGUUCCGCACCAUCAGGUCAGUGGUUAGUUCAGAUAUGGGACUACAAGCUGGGCCUUUUCAUGGUCUCCUCGAUUUUUCAGUCGAUUUGUUGCUCUUCUCUGUAGCAGACAAGCAGUGCAUUCAGCAAUCAAUUAGCUAUGUGGAGCUCCAAUUCUUGUGGAACAUUGUAGACUGUCCAGAGUUUCAUUGCCCCGCAACCUGGGGAUGUCCUGCCAAUAUAUGCUGGGCCGCCUGAAAUUGUGAUACUUCACAAUUUCCUUCUCUUCGGUAGCCCCGACCCCCAAUUGAAGCCACAAUAAUCUCAUCAAUGAAGGCAAUUGGUAGAUAUGUUUCUGAAAGGAACAGGAAUGGCCUUCAGUUCCAUUCAUUCCCUCCCCUCAAGUUUUGAAAAUAGUAUCCUUUAAUGAUCUCAGAAUUUAGGAUUUGCCUUCUCACUUUGAUAAUGAUAGGUCGUCCAAGAUCAUUUGUUUAACGGUCAGUACCUACAAGCAGUCAGUUAGAAGCUUAAUAUAUGUAGAGACCAUGGAAAGUCACAGUGUUGAAGUUGUAAAACGGAGCGAUUCACCAAGAGGAGCUAUACGGCCAGUGUGUGCUAGCUCUGCAGCAUUUCGUGAUCUAUCUGAUACAGGAUCAGAUGGUGAGAAUGCUCCAGAACACAGCUUUACAUUAUCACUUUCACCAGAUGCACGACCACUCUGCCCUUCUUCAUCAAGAAGCCAGAAGCUUUUAAUCCGUCGCAAGAUUGUGAGUUCAGAGUCUGGGCUGGAUGGUGCUGAUUCCUUUUCCUGUACCAAGGAAUCCAAUAUUCAUUCUCCUUCUUCAACAUUCUGCACCAAUCUGUACUUGUCAACUUCAACAUGCGCUGAGAAUUACAGGCAUCUCGGCAACCUACCUUUCCUUCCGAAUCCUACAUCCCCUUCUCCAGCCUCAGUGCUCAAUUCUUCAAAUUCUUUUGCUGUUGAUCUCACAUUAGGACAUCAGUGCUCUAAAGAUGAAUAUGUUGAAGAGAAUACAAAUGAUUACCUCAGCUUGAAUGGUGAUUGUGUAGCUGAUCCUGAGCAUUUGAACGACGACAUUGCAUAUCCUGAGCUGCAAGAAUGGGAUUUUCUCUCGGAUCAACUCGACAUGGCAAUCACAGACGAUGGGAAAAAUCCCAGCCUGGAUGAAAUAUGUAAAGAACCUGAACCAUCAGCAGCAGCCAAGAAAGCUGAGUCUGAAUGCAUCCUGACACACCGAGUGCCUCUCAGCACAGUCUGUGGGAAAACUCAAUCCAGCUCCAAAUCCGGAAUCGCAACCAUCAACAAACCAAGGAUGAGGUGGACAACAGAGCUCCAUGAGCGUUUCAUAGAAGCCGUGAGCAAGCUCGAAGGGGCCGAGAAAGCUACUCCCAAGGGUGUAUUAAAACUCAUGAAUGUUGAGGGUCUGACGAUCUAUCAUGUGAAAAGCCACUUGCAGAAAUACCGCUUGGCGAAAUAUCUACCACAGACUAAGGAAGAGAAAAAGACAUCGUGUUCAGAAGACAAGAAGAAGGCACCAGCUGCCUCCCAGGAAGAGCUGGUCCUCAAAAGAGGCAUGCAAGUUACCGAGGCCCUGCGCAUGCAAAUGGAGGUCCAGAAACAGCUCCAUGAACAGCUCGAGGUUCAAAGGGCCCUCCAAUUGAGGAUUGAAGAACAUGCUAGGUACCUGCAGAAAAUACUGGAAGAACAACAAAAAGCAGGCCAUACAUUUAUGUCUGCUUGCCAUCUGCAAAAGACGUGUGACUCAGAAGCCAUACAUUCUGGCGAGCAACUGACAGAUUUAAUGCCACGAGCUGGCCAGGAAGCUGAUUCCAACUCUUCCCUGUCACAAGUUAGUGCUCCCGCCAAUGGUUCAACAUCACCUACGAGCAACAAAAGAGACACCUGUUUGGAAACGAACGACUCAAGCGGCCAAGAUGAAUCACCAAUUCACCCAAAAAGAAUUCGCCUGGGAAAGGACGAAAGCUGUGACGAUGCAGUCGUCAAGAAAUCAGAACCAUUGCAGUGAAACUGUGGAAGUUUCUUUUGGUGUACUGUAAAUCCCGCCAACCUUUAUGUUUCUAAGUUCCCUGGCUUGUAACAAUGCUGAUAGAAUGCUGAAUCUCAAAAUAAAUUUUCCUGUUAAAUCA